ACAGGCCCUUAAAGUUCACAAUACAUCUGUAGCCACAAUGAAAAUGUGCAAUUGUGCAUCCUUAUCACAUUAAUUUUAUUUCAUUGAUAAUAAUAAUCUAUGUUAACAUUUUAAUAUAAUGAUAAUGCAUAAUUUAACAUCUACUUCAUAAUAUAGAGUUCAAGUAACAUAAUGCAAUGAAUUUAAAAAAUGUAUUGUAGUUGUUCGACACUAUCGAAUAGUGUUUUAUUUUUGUUUUGUGGUUUUCGAAUCUCGCUUUUUGUUUUCUAUUAAACUUAUGUUAAUGUCAUGUGUUUUACCACCGUCACGUUUUUCGAUUACUAUGUAUAGGUAGAUGUAGUAAUUAUUCCUACUUAUAAAGAUAUUUAUAUAAUGCAGUGCGUAAAUAUUCAAGGUUUGCAGUAUUUUGUCAUGGGAACAUAUCCAAUGUGCCAAAGACUAGCAAACUUUUUUUUUCGCUGUGUAAAUAUUUUUAUAAGUAAGGGGUAAAUGUUUAUUUUAUAUUUAUUUACUCAAAUGUAAUCUCAUACGUUCAUUCUUGUAUACUUGUAUAUGCUCGGCCUAAUAGUUACUCAACUUUACCAAAAGUGAAGUGUUCAUGUUAAAACUCUAGUACAACACGACCAUUCCAUUAAUGUUUUUAAGUUUUAUUUAUGCCGAUUGCCAGUUAUGUAAUACCCUAAUGUAAUCGCACUCGAUAGCCGAAGGUGCAUAUUUUUGUAUCGCAAAAUUUGCAGCAUGUAUAAUUCUGAUGUAUGUAAAUUUACGAUAUGCAAUAAACUGUAAUGUUACUAAUUUUCAAUGGAAUUUUCUUUUCGGACACACCUAAGAUAGAAUGAGAAAGUGGAAUUGGAGAAGUUGAACGCCGCUACUGACGAGAUUAACAAGUUGGAACUGGAAUUGGAUGAGUCCAUGAAAACGUUCCAUCUCCUGUUGAACGAGACAUCCAGGAGGUUACAAGGGUUGACCAAGAAGCUGGGAGUACAGUGUAUUGAGAAGUCCAGGCCGUACCACGAUGCAGUUGCAUCAUCAAACGCUGCGAGAACAGAGUGUCAGAAGGCAGCGGUAGCGUUCCAGAGAGCAAGCGAAUUGCACGCGGCGGCCAAAGAGACGGUGACGUUGGCGGAACAGCGGUUCGUGAGCAAGCAGGACGAGUGGCAGUUCGACUCCAACUGGCAAGAGGUGCUCAACCAUGCCAUUAUCAAGGUCAUGGACGCUGAGAAAAGGAAGGCGGAAAGUGGACGAGAACAUCAGAAGAAAGCCGCCGCGUACAUCGCCGCUGAAAAAAAGGUGACGCAACUGGAGGAGAGCUUAAAACGCAAUAUCAUAAAGUCGAGGAUAUACUUCGAGGAGAAGAAACUAUGCGAUGAACAGAUGCAGACGCAGAACGAGAAGAUUGAGAAACUGCAACGUCUCAUAGCGGACGCAAAAUACAGAUACUCCAAGUCGCUCAAAGCGUUGGAGGAAAUUUCUGAAGAAAUACACAGAAGGAGAGGCGAGUAUCCACCAGGGAAGGAUCCUAUUCCCGUAGGACCGAGAGAACCGGGAGUAGGCGCGGAAAGGGACCCAGUACACGACGAAACACAGCUAGAUAAUAAGGAACACGAGAAAGAUGAGGAGUCUAAUCUGCAGGAAUUAAGGAUGCGAGUUAGAGAACUAGCGCUCAAGCCCAUCGAUAGAACUGACGUGGAAACUGACGAGGCGUGGGUACAUGAACUGAACGAGACCAUCAAUAAGUUAGAUCAGCUACUCAUGAUGAAGGAAAGCAACCAGCAGAAGAAGAGUAAGUUCACCGACAACCCGCCACGGAACUACAGCGCGCCGUCAACCAGCACCAACUCGAAAUAUAACCCACCAGAAGAAAGUUGGAAGGAAUCCAACCUCUCGCGAACAAAGUCGAUCAGUAAGGAGGUUGUUUACGAGCACCCACCGAUGGUGAAGAAUGAUAGGUGUAAGAGCAUGAUGUCGUUAGACGUUCUGGCCUUGUCGAGAGACGCGAUGAUCACGGAUAGAGAAUCUUACCUCAAAGCGGUGAUAGAAGAUAAGUCCCCCACUGGAACGUACACGGGCAGUAAUUCUGAGAGAAACGACAGUCCCGAUGAUAUUCUGACGGUGGAGUGCGAUUCCAGCGACUCCACGCAAAACCCCAUCAUCCGGAUGACCAGCUCAACUAUCACGGAUAGUGAUAAUAGUUAAUUGGAAUGGUUGUGAGAUUCGAAUUUACCUGGAAAGUCUGUUAGAUUGUAUUGUUUUUUGUUAAACAAUUUUUGGAACGAUUGAUUUCUUGUGAUUCGCAAAUCUUUUGAAUUGGAUAUUUUGGUAGAUGAUAUGAUUUAUGGAACCUUCUUUUUGGAGUUUUUGUAAGUUGCAAAAUAAUAUCAUCGUCGAAAAUUGCAAUGUUCAACCUAUGGUUGGCAGCUCAGACAAAAUAGAUAGAUUUUUAUGAUUGGCGGGUAA